UUCAGUAAUGCUCAGAACUAUGAAUGCAAAUACUUAAACUGUGAAAUUGCAUCUAUUCAGAAUGAUGAAUUUGCCUGGACAUCGUGAAGUAAGGGAGGACGUUCUGGAUUCCAUGUAGUCAUUUUUCGCGCACUAUUGAGAAAGGAAUAUUGCGUUAUUACAUCGGAAAAAGACCAAGAAAAUGACCAGCAAUAGUUAUAACACACUAAGCCGUGCACAAUUAAGUUUUGAAUACUUGCACACAAAUUCAACAACUCAUGAGUUUUUGUUUGGUGCACUUGCUGAAUUGGUUGAUAAUGCAAGAGAUGCUAAUGCAACCAGAAUGGACAUAUUUUCAGAACCAGAUGAAAGCUUACGAGGAGGAUACAUGUUAUUUUUUGUGGAUAAUGGAGAAGGAAUGGAUCCAAAUGAGACAGCAGAUAUCAUCACAUUUGGAAGAUCCACCAAGAGAUCUUUGGAUGAGUCACACAUUGGCAUGUAUGGAAAUGGAUUGAAAUCCGGUUCCAUGAGGAUUGGUAAUGACCUCAUUCUUUUCACGAAGAAGGGAGCAACGAUGACUUGUCUCUUUUUGUCCCGAUCAUUUCAUGAAGAGGAACACAUUGAUGAAGUUAUUGUGCCAAUUCCAUCAUUUGAAACAAAUACCAGAAAUACACUGGUAACAGGUGCCAAAGCAAAGGAAAAGCAUAAACUAGAAAUGGACAUCAUUCUAAAGUACUCUCCUUUCAAGACAGAGGAUGAAUUCUUUGCCCAGUUUGAUAAAAUUGAGGGCAACACAGGAACUUGUGUUAUAGUGUAUAAUGUGAAACUAUUAGACAGUGGAGAUCCAGAAUUAGAUGUCCUCUCAGAUCCAACGGAUAUUCUUCUAGCAAAUCCAGAAUCCGACUUUGACUCAGAUGAGGGAUUAAUGCCAGAAAGAAAAUCAUUUCGAGCAUAUACAGCAAUAUUAUAUGUGGAUCCUAGAAUGAAAAUUUACAUACAGGGCAAAAAAGUUCGGACGAAAAAGCUAGCAUGUUGUUUAUAUAAACCCAAAAUGUACAAAUAUUCUUCAAAUCGAUUCAAAGCUCGAUCAGAGAUGGAACACCAAAAAGCCAAGGAAGAGGCCAAGCAAGCGGAAUCUAAAUCUCGAGAGGCAGAGAGCAAAGCCAAGUUUCUUGAAAACAAAUACGGGGAUUCAGUUACCAAAGCCCAGAGGACAGAGUUAAGAAAGGCACAGGAGCAUGCAGCAGAGAUGAAGAGAGAUGCUCUUCUCAAGAAGCAGGUAGCAGAAAGAAAGAGCAAAGCUCUUAAAGAUCCAAAACUUCUAAACUUUAUUUUUGGAAUCAACUUGGAGAACCGAGCCCAUGAUGGGGUAUUUGUGUACAACUGCAGUCGACUCAUCAAGAUGUACGAGAAAGUUGGACCGCAGACAGAAGGUGGAGUAUACUGCAGUGGGGUUGUAGGGGUGGUUGAUAUCCCAUAUUUGGUGCUGGAACCCACACACAACAAGCAGGACUUUGCAGAUGCCAAAGAAUAUCGACACCUACUGAAGGCCAUGGGGGAACACAUGGUCCAGUAUUGGAAGGACAUUGGUGUUGCUCAACAAGGAGUUACAAAGUUUUGGGAGAACUUUGGGUACAUAUCUCAAAAGUGGAAGGAUCCACCAUCACAAGAUAUGAAGUUUGUGAGGAAAAGGGCAAUGCAAAUUAAUGUAACGUUACAGUGUGAUAAUUGCCUGCGAUGGCGAACCUUACCAUUUUCAUCAAAUAAUAUUGGCAAAGAUUUCGAUGAUGAUUGGGUGUGUGCAAUGAACCCUGAUGUUCAACAUAAUAAAUGCUCAGCAAUAGAACAAAAGAUGAAUAUACCUGAAGGGAUCUUAAAGAAAGAAGUAAAAACAAAGGAACAGAAAACCAAAGAUAUAGAAGAGGAAAUCAAGAAAAAGCAAGAACUCCUACAGAAAAUGAAUAAAACAAAGGCAGUGACAUCAUCACGGCAGGCAGCUGAAAUGGAAAGGAAAAGACGUGAAGAAGAAGAGAGGCAACAAAGAGAGGAAGAGGAGAGGAGGAAAAAGGAGGCAGAGAAGAAGAAACGGGAAGAAAAGAGGAGGAGAGAGGAGGCUGAGCGAGAACGGGAGAGGAGGGAGCAGGAGAGGAAUGCCAGACUGGAGAAGGCCAAAAAAGAGAGGGAAAAGGCAGAACGGGAAAGGAAAGCCAGGGAAGCAGCUGUGGCAGCUAAAAAGAGAGCAAUGUCUCCCCCAGCUGCUAAAUCCAAGGCCACCGUCAACAACUCGAAAUCAAAAGCCAUCCGGUCACCAACUGUAUCACAGUCCUCCAUGAAGAACCCCCGAGUUACUCUUACCAACAUUAAAAAUACACAGAAUUUUGAUGGGACAGGAGAGGAAGUUGUGAAUUCAGUAGGGAAGAGGAAGUCCCAUGUCUCCAGUGAUUCCGAGGAACUCCCCAGUCCUGCUAAAAGAUCUAAAGCCACCUCCUCAGUGGACUCAGAAAGUGACAUUGUGAACUCUAAUAAACACAAGUCUGUGGAAACACAGGCAGAUGAUACAGAGGAAGAAGCACCACCUGUCAAAAGGGGGAGGAGAUCAGCAUUUAGUAACUCAGUAGCAGAUAUAUCUUCAUGUGAAGAUGAUUCAAAAGUAGAAGACAAUGACGUAGGUCGAUUGUCGUCAACAGAUGCUGACAGUGAUAGUGAAAUUGGGACCAAAGUAGAAGUUCAAGUCAGUAAGAAAUGGUACACUGGCAGGGUGGUUAAAGUCAACCACGCAGACAAGAAAUGGAAAGUCAAAUUUGAUAACAAUCCCAGGGACAAGUAUGAUAAAUGGUUUGACAAAGGUGGUACAGAUAUCAAACUCCUUAAUGGUCAUCCACCUUCAUCAGAGUCCACAAAUCACACCCCACCCUCCCCGGCCUCCUCCCAGGACACAGCGGCAGAGACGCCAUCAUCGUCAACAGCAACAACUGCCGUGGCAACGUCAUCUGAUCAGGUGACAGAGGAAAUCGCUAACGGCUACAGGACCUGUUUGCGAUACUUCUUGCCUCCUCAGUGGAUCAUGGAGAAGGAUACUAUCACAACCAUGACGCUGCAGGAACUGGCAAAUUUCCCCCUAGAUGAUUUUUUUGAUCACUACGAGAAAGGCCUGCGAAAAUUGGUUGGAAAUUUUCAAACUGAGGCAGCACAGAGAAAACAGGAGAGCGAUGCGGCCGUAUCCAAACUGUCAUCUGUCAGGAAACUGAUAGCCAAACUCCUCAAGUCAAUCAAUGAGGAAUUUGAUAUCGAUCCAGAGGCAGAUGGAGACCAAGUCGAUGAACUCCUUGCCGCAUGUGUAAAGCAGGCCGUCCAGUCACAAACAUAGGACCUCCACCUCAUCAGAUCCAACCCUCAAAAUCUCAUCAAGUAACUACUGGGCAGUUCUCUGCUGAAUCCCCCUAAACAGUGACUGGGAUAUCCCUUUGUUGUCCUCCCUGAGUUUGGAAUGCUGGGAUAUGAUUCUCCUCUCAUCUGUUGAUGCUGUGAUGAGAAGGUGGUUCGUUUUGAACUACUCAAACCUUUUCCAUGCUUACAUCACUUGCCAUAAGUCAUUAUAAAUUAAAAUCCACCAAGGAUCAAAAUUUUCACAAAAAUAAUUUUUUUGUUUUUUACCAUGGUGUUGCUUUGCUUCAUUGUGAUGGAUACAUAGGCUUAUUUUGUCAAACAUGUUUAUGUAGUUCAGUUCACUGUUAGACACAAAAUGUUCAAUUUUUGAUCAGUCAAUUCACAGGUCUGUGUUGACUGAUUUUUCAGUGCUUGUUAAUUAGAGAAUUGUUUAUGGUGUCAUUAAGGUAUAAAUAGAUAAUAAUUAAGAUUUAAAGAUUUACAUAAAAAAAGCCAGUCAGCUUUAUUUUGUUUCAUAUUUUAAAUGUUGUUUCACAAAGUAUGAAAGAUAAUGCAUAAUACUUUGAUUGGAUUGUAGGAUACCAAAGUGUGAUUAUUUUUAGUCUCCUGAUCAAGGUAAUUUAAUGCUAAGUAUUGAAGAGCACAACCAAAAUAAUUCAGGUUUGUUGCUGUAAAAAAGAUGUUUUUCCUUAUGAAAAUUAUUACACUUUGUUUAAAGCACAGGCUCUUAGAUCAUGAAACUUUCGUAAGCUGUAAAGUGUGAAAGAUUUAAGAAAGUUGCAAAAAGAUUCUUCAACUGGUGCCAAAUUUUCAUUUUGUAAAAGACAGUAAUUUGAAGAUUUGGCAAGAUGUCCCAUAGAAUGUUUUUAUGUCUUGUGCAGUUUUUCUCCAUGUCUUAAAACAUUGCUUAGAUUCAUGUUUCAUGCAUUAGUGACCCGGUUGACAAUAUAUGCUUUUUUUUUUUUAAAUCAAAAUUGUUACAAUCCUUUCCUUCUCCUGUAAAUUUUGAGAAAUCUUAUGUGCGAUGGUCAAAAGUCUUAAGAAUAUAUAGGUAGAAUUAAAAAUGCUGACUGUGGAUUUGUGCGUCAUUUCCAUGAAUGCAACAUAUACAGGAUUUUUCUAAGUACAUAUAUUAAGUUUUAUGGAAAUAUGAAAAGAGAAAAUGAAUCUCCAAUUCAAGGGGUAGAUCAUUUAAUCUGAUCAGAGGUGUACAAUAAUUCACCUACCCAAAGGUCUGAUGUAAGGUAUGCUGAAGCCUUUCUCUUGUGUACUGGUAUGUGAGACAUGUUUGUAAAUUUUAUAACAUGUAUGUGUUUAAAUACAGUGUGCCAGAGCUAGGAAGUUAUUCCAAUUCUUUAAUGUGUCAUGAUGGAAGGUUCUACAAUAUGUGUGUUGGUAAAUCAAGUCUUGUAUGUAGUAGUACGUUAUGUGUGAUAAUUGAAUAACUUGGCUUGUAGAAUUGACAUACUGACAAAAUCACUCGAUAUUCGGUAAAAGAUGCCAUCACAUAGAUAACUUCUUUAAUGAAAUGAAAAUAUACAUAUAAAACUUCUGUUUUAUAUGGUACAUAUAUCACAGGUCAUGUUCUGGCUCUACAGCAUACUGUGGGUAAUUUCUGCAGUUUUCUCAUUUAUGUGGUAUUAGGCAUAUGAGUAAAAUAAAAAAUAUGCAGGAUCUUGUAUUUUAUUGAGUAGAAUCAUGAAAAAUGAGAAAGAAACAAAUUUCAAAAAGCUUGGAACUGAAGAAAUUACCCAUUAUAUAUUACUUUUCUUUUAACUUUUGAUUCAGUCUAAUCCAAUCAUAAGCACGGAGUACAAAAUAUGGUGGAACAGAUAUUCUCUGAUGUCCUAAAUUAUAGAGAGAGUCAUUUUUUAAUUUGUUUUAUUUGUAGGUUUGUGUAUAUGCAUUUUUUAGUGUUUUGCUUUUUUAAGUAAAAAUCCCAACUCACUCUCAGGUUGCUAUUUCAUAUUUUAUAAAUUACUUGUGUUUAUUUAUAAUUAUGAUUCAAAUUGACGUGGUUGUCUUUGCAACAGUGCAGAUUAAAAAGUUGGAGGGAAAAUAGCAAAUAAGUUAACAAUUCCAAGGUCGGUAUUUUAAUAUAGGUAAUUUUAUUUUGGUUUUUAAUUUAGAGAAAAGUAAAAGAUAAAAAUAAGUACAAGUGUAUUGUUUUGUACUUUAAAUUUUUUUUUUUUAAUUGAUCAAACUACACUGCGUAUAAUUUAUAUGGUCAGAAUAUUUAUAGUUAAGGUUGUGAACUACAAGUUAAGA